GAGAACUUGUCCAAUUUGAAUCUUCAUUGGAGAUGAAGAUGCCCUAACUCUGGCAGUCUCCUCUUCAUUUUCCGAUGGCAGCCUCUAACCCUGGCACUGUUAGUUUGAAGCUCCUCAUUGACACAACGCGCAAUAAAGUCCUGUUUGCUGAAGCGGGUAAGGACUUUGUGGACUUUCUCUUCACUCUCCUGUCUCUUUCGGCUGGUACUAUCAUCAGGCUGCUCUCUAAGGAUUGCCAUGGUUGGUAGCUUAGGCAAACUUUAUGAGAGCGUUGAAACUCUCAACGAUGAAUAUUUGCAGCCCAAUCUUAACAAAGACACCCUCCUGAAACCAAAAGAACCUGUUGCUGCUGGACCUAACCUCCUUGGUUUGUUAACCGAUGUCAAAUCUGAUGCUCGAAACACGAUCUACCAUUGUUCGAAUAGUAGUUGCUACUACCGCAACUCUCAUGUGGCUGACAAUCCUAAAGCCAUAUGUCCAGGGUGCAAGUACUACAUGAAGACCGCCGCUACUUAUGUUGCUUCACCGACUAGUGAGGUACAGGCUACUUAUUCCGGUGCUGGCAAGGUAGGGUAUGUGAAGGGCCUCGUUACAUACAUGAUAAUGGAUGAUCUCGAAGUGAAGCCUUUGUCUACUAUUUCUUGUAUCACUUUGCUCAGCCGGUUCAGUGUUAAGGAUGUUGGUGUCCUUGAAGAGAAGGUGGUUGAUCUAGGAAUGGAUGAGGGUGUGAAACUACUAAAGGCAUCAUUGCAGACAAAGUCAGUUCUCACCCAUGUGUUCCUUAGAUAGAAUAUCAAUGCAGCAUGAGCACCUCAACUUAGCACCUCUGGAAUUGACAUUCUGAAGCUUCUCUAAGAUGUUUCUGUAGUCUGUUAUUACCUGGUUAUUUUGGAAGUCUUCACAGAUCUGCUGCUUAAAUGAGAUGCAAUGUCGUUCUUUUCAGAUUA